AUGCCAGCUAAUGAGCCACAAGCAGGCCCUGUUCUACGACCUUUUGUAUGGCCACCCCCCGCACACUUCCCAUAUCAACCACUACUAGUUGAGGGAUAUCCUAGCUUGCCAAGAAAUGCAAUUGCGCAUAUGGAGCAUGCUCAUCAUAUUCCUCCUGUUGAUUAUAAUGCUUGCUUAAAUGAGCAAAUGAAUGCUGCUCAAAAUAAUAGGCGCCAUCAGCGGAAUCUCUGUAGGAGACAGGACAGAGAUGAAAUAAGACAGCAGGCACAGGCAGAGCUUAUGGCAGCUAGAAUGCAGCCUCCACAGGUACCUCACAUUCCUGACGAACCUGCUCCAUCUGCUCUUGUGCCUCCUGCUCCUGCAUACCUCCCUAUUCAUUAUGAGGGUGCAGUUGGACCUCAGAACUUUAAUGAUCCCCUCCACUACUUUGCGCCUAAUCCGGCACCAUCUUUGCAUGCACCACCUCAACUUGAUUACCAUCAGUUUAACAUCCAGUUUUAUCACCAUUUCCAGCAAGAAGAGAUGGAAAAUGAACAGAUUAGAAAUGACUUUCUUCAGAGACAAGCACAAGAGGCAUUUCAUCAACAGCAGAUUCAGCUGGAAUUGCAGCAGCAGGAAGCUAGGCAGAGAAAUAAAGAGGCUCAGUAUGCUUUUGAAAUACAGCAGCAGGAAGUCAAGUGGUGCAAUAGACAAGCUCAGGAGGCUCAUCAUUUACAACAGGAGGAGGCUGAGUGGGCUAAUAGACAAGCUCAGGAGACUCAUCGGCUACAGCAAGAGGUGUUACAAGUAACAUCAGUCACGGGACCCCCCUAUCAUUUUCCCUUCGUCCUCGCCCUCACCAUCUACUGGCUCGCACUUCUCUACUGGAUAUCUGUUGACCGGAUCCUCCGGACCGUUCCCGUCCCUCAUCUCCAUCUCCUCCUCAACCUUAUCUCGCUAUUGCACCAACGUGCACACGUGCCCCUGCACUUUGACUUGUCCUGA